AUGCCAUUAUAUAUUCUUUCAAAAGAACAUGAAUUACAUGAAAUUAUUCUUGAACGACGUUUAAAUAUUAUUGUAUUUACUGUAUGUUGGUCACUUGGUUCAAAAAUGAUCUUAUCAACUAUAUUCGAUUUAUCAUAUGAGAAAAAUUUAACUCAUACAAAUUUUUAUCGUAUUGAUAUUGAUGAAAAUAAUCUUGAAUUCAUGCAACCUAUUGAUUUACUUAUUUUCAUAUUUAUAACAUUUAUUUUGACAACAACUAUAUUAUCAAUAUCAACAACUAAUUGGUAUAUUCAUACAAAUUAUAAUCGUACAAGUUUAUUUCAACAAUGUUUGAGUACAUGUUGUUGUCAAACAAAAGAAUUAAAUCGAACAAUAACAAUGUUUACUUUUUUUAGUAUUAUUCUUCUUUUAAUAAGUACAUUUUCAUCAUUUCUUUUAAUGAUAACAACAAUAAAUAGUAAAAAUCGAUAUUAUAUAUUUGUACCGCUAACAUUAUUUAGUGCUGGUACUUCAAUGACAUUAACAUUUAUACGAAUAUAUGAAUUAAUUAAUGUGAAUGGUUAUUCAGGUUUUAUUUUUCUUAUUGAUACUGUUCUUAGUUAUGUUUUAGGUGGUAUUACAAUUUUACACGGUACUUUAUUUUAUUUCUAA